GAAAUAGAGCUAAAGAUAUUUUGUAAUAAUUUUAAUCUUUAUUUGCCUUGCCACUACACCGCUACUGUGUAUUUUGGAAUUUAGCGAAAAAGUUUAAACGGUGUAGUAUGAAAGACGUAGUGUAGUGAAAGUGUUUUUCAAUGAAGAGGUGAAAAAUACGUUUAAUUUUUUUUAUAAGUGACGACAAAACGCGUGAAACAAACUUUCCAAACCAUUACCGAGAAAAAUAUCGAAUACCCGAUAUACCACCAAUACCGUUUUAAGACCUCAUGAAAGCAACAAACGAAAUAAUGCAAGAACGGCGAGCACCAUGUCCCGCGUGCAUCCCUUGAGGCGCAAGAACGGUGAGAGACGUCGCUAACACCGACGCUCUUCGCACCCGACGCUAUAAAACGCGUCGCUCCGCAAGAACUUGGACAUUGCCGGCGCGACGCCUCCUCGCUAACCCUUAAGCCCUGUCCGCACCGCACAGCCCUUUCGAUUAUCUCUCGAUACGUGGAUCCGGAUCCGGCUUAGAGAAUGACGCUGGGAUGUUAUGGUUUGGUUCAAGUGGUUCUUCUACCCGUAGCGGUGCUCGCGUUGGCGGUCAGCGGCCGGCCGGAAGGAUGGACGGGAUUGGUGCCGCUGGGUUCAAACAAGGGGGUUAAUUUCAAGCCGUUCCCGGGCGUUCAUCUACGACAGGAAACCAUCGGAGAUGACUUUCUGUCAUCGGUGGCGGCACGUCCCAAAAGGGAUCCGGUGCACCAAGUAGACGACUGCAUAUAUACGACUUUGGAGGAAGGAGAAUUUUAUAGUAAAGCAGGAACAAGAAGGGUUGGAGAAACCUGUGGUAUUUAUAUUAAUGCAGAUCCGGACCAACUUAUUGAAAUAAAGUUUAAUUAUUUUGACGUUCCCUGCGAAAAUGGAGGACUUGUAGUGGUGGUGGAUGGUUGGGAGCUGAGUGGAGAAGUUUUUCCAUCGCCCGAAGACCAUCCCAAGGACCUCAAAUCGAGACUGAACGAAUAUUGUGGCAGGAGGAAAAUUAAGCAAGCGUUUAUGAGUUCCCAGAACGCUGCCCUGAUCCAGUAUAGAAUGCCCUCAAGAACGGCGAGUUUCAGUUUCAGUGUGAGAUUUGUCAAAAACCCCACUCCCUGCAAUAUUCUGCUACAACCCGACGAGACGUACACUUUGAGGAACUACGACAAAAGAUCAAAUUGUAGCGUCAGUGCAUUGGUUCCGGCGGCGGUUAAUAUAUUGAAUAUCAAUGUUGGAGUGACUCCCAGUCGAAACAGGGGCUUGGAGUUCGAGACCGGCACCAUCUACAAGGUUCGAGCAGAGUGCCAAAAAAGAGGACUUGACGAUUAUGUUCAAAUUGGUGGAUCUAAUGGACUGGACAACUCAAAUAUGCAAAUUGCAGAUACAUUAUGUGGACUAAGCUCAAAACCAGGUAGUCACGUUGAGUAUAUUGGGUGUGGAACUACUAGUGUUCGCCUUGUUUCCAGCGGUGGAUACGAUAACUCUAUCACGGUACACUUAAAGAAAUUGACUGAAAACGAUAUAAACUCAUAUAUGAGCGUUGUUUGCAUUCCUGAUGAUAUCGAACUAGAAGAGAAAUAAAGAACAGAAAAGAAGAUGAACACAACACUGCAUUUGGUUCUCAUCAUUCCACAAGACUCUUCCUGUCUAUCAAGCCAUUUUAAUAAAAUUUUAUUAAAAAAUAUUUUCUUCUCUUAAAAAUACAUAAAAAUGUAACGAAUAAACUACAGAAAUUUCAAGUGACACAUACUGUGUAGUUAAGUAUAUUUAUAUGUACAAAAUAAAUAUAUAAUUAAAAAAUGAAAUAAAAAUA